AGGUCAGAGCCGCUGGCUUGGUGUUCUUGUAUGAGCAGUUCUGAUAUUUAGAACAAAAAAAUUAUAUUAAUUUACUUAUUUUUACUUCAUCCAGCACGAUGGCAGAAUCUGGCUUUCCUUUACCGCCAGAUUCUUUGUGUCCUCUGUGUGCAGAUGGAAUUAGAGAUCCAGUCACCAUUCCCUGUGGUGACACUUACUGCCUGGACUGUAUCAAGAUCUACUGGGAUCAGUUUGAUCACAUGGGAGUAUACAGCUGCCCGCAGUGCCGGGCCACCUUCACCCCACGUCCUGUCCUGCGACGAAACCUCCCUGAUGUUCAGCACCAGCCUCGCCAGCAGCUUCCACAGCUCACUCCUUUUCCAUACAUGCACCGGGAAUCCUACUGCGACUUCUGUGUCGGUCGUCGGAACAAGGCCGUGAAGUCGUGUCUCAUGUGUUUGGCCUACUACUGUGAGACACAUGUCAAGCCACACUACGAGUCGUCCACUUUUAAGAGACACAAGCUGGUGGAUGAGAUGGGACAUCUGGACAGGAAGAUCUGCCCCCAGCAUGAGAAGGGCCUGGAGCUUUUCUGUCGCACCGACCAGAUGUGCAUCUGUGUGCUUUGUACCGUCAGAGAGCACCGCAGCCACAACAUCGCAUCUGCCGAAGAUGAACGGAUCGAGAAACAGAAAGUCCUGGUGGUCACACAAACCGAAGUGCAGCACAUCAUUUCAGAAAGGAUGAAGGAGCUGCAGGAGCUCAAGCACAAUGUGGAUGUACUUAAGAACGCCGCCCAGAGAGCGCAGACAGAAAGCGACAAGACGUUCCACGAAAUGCUGCAGGCGGUCGAACGCUGGAAGGCUGAAAUCAGUCAGAUGAUACUGGCCAACAUGCAGGCGGCCAUGUCACAGGCCGACGGCUACGUGGAGCGCUUGGAGCAGGAGAUCAUGGAGCUGCAGAGACGGGACGCUGAGCUGCGACAGAUUCUUGAAACAGAGGACAACAUUCACUUCCUGCAGAAUUUCCCAACCUUGUGCGUCGCUCCUGAGGCCAUGGUGCCCAAAGUGCUCAUCAACCCUCAGUUCUCCUUUGGGGAGAUCAGCAAAACAGCCACAGAGAUGAAGGAGAAUCUGGAUGACAUUUGUAAAAAGGAGCUGAGCAAAAUCUCCAAGACAGUCAGUGAAACUCCUGUCUACAUACUUUUGCCACGAAAUGGAGAGAAACGUCUGAAAGGUGAGGGGAUGAUGAAUAAUCUGAGCAAUAAGCAACUUAAAACCCACAAGAAUGUUAAUUUUUUAAAUAUCCUAACAGUUCCUUCCAGGAAAGAUUUCCAGGAACCCAAAUCUAGACCAGACUUUCUGAGAUAUGCCUGCAAACUGUCCUUUGAUCCAAACACGGUGUACAAAGAGUUGGUUUUGUCAGACGGCAAUCAGAGGGUCACCAGAAAGAAGUCCGUACAGUUUUACCCAGACCAUCCGGAGCGCUUUGACGGCUUCUCCCAGGUGCUUUGCAGGGAGCCCAUGUCCGGUUUCAGGUUUUACUGGGAGGCGGAGUGGAGCGGGGAGUUUUCCAUAGGCGUGGCCUACAAGGGCAUCAACCGCAAGGGCAAGAACUCCAGCCUGCUGGGCUACAAUGACAAGUCGUGGAGCCUCCUCUGCUCUGACUCAGGGUAUUCAGCCUGGCACAACACGGCAGACAAAGACCUCCCCAACGCUCCCCGCACCACCAGAAUAGGAGUGUACCUGGACCAUGCAGGUGACACCUUGGCCUUUUAUGCUGUGUCAGACUCAAUGCAGCUCAUCCACAAGUUCAAAGCCCACUUCAGUGAGCCUCUGUAUGCUGGCUUUGGUGUAGGCUCCUCAGUAACUCUGUGCCAGCUGAAGCAAAACACUUUACCUUAUUCCUAGACUAAAAGAAAACACUCUCAUCUAAGGAUAAGGGGGCAACAGCAGAUUUUAAAAGGCCUGUAUUAUACUUUUCUUUAGUUUACUCUGUCAGAGUGAACUGUAUCUAAGUGAUGGUAUAUGAUCUUUGACACUAAGAAACGAUUUAACACCCAUUUACUGAUGAUUACAUUAUGAAACAUUUAAAUGUUCAUACUUCACAUUCAAUUAAAAAACAUUUAACAAGCAAAUACUUUAACGUCACUGGUGAUUAUCUCUCUUUCAUAAUUGUGCAUAUAUAAAUAUCAUAUUUUAAGCAUGUUUUUAAAACUCUUUUCAACCAAUAUUAAAAAAAUAUUGUUUUAACAACAUG